CGACAUGGAACUUUAUUUAACCGAGGAUGGGUCGGUGAGGUCGUUUCGCAGAACAUUCAGUACAUCAUUCUCAGCAGCUGGUGGAAUUUUUAAAUCCGCUGGCGGUGGCCGCCGUUUGGCGGAGUGUGUGCUGCCACAUGCACCCCCUCGAGCGACCGACUGACACCGAAAUUUUCUUGGCGACCAGUUUGUAGCUAUGGCGUAUCAUGGCAACUACAAAAUUGGGUUUUCGCGUCCGUCUGGGGCCCCCACGCGUUCCGCACAAGCGGGCGGGCCCGGCGAACGCGGAACGGCAGACUGCAGAAGCGAGAGCAGCUCGUCGUUGUCCGGUAGCUCUACUUCGUCAUCCUCCUCCGUACUCGUCACAGACGAUUCUGAUAUCGAUGCGGAGGACCGGUUUGGCGCGAGACCGGAUAGUACAACAUCUCCGGCAGCAAAUGCCAGAACUAUCCGGUUUUCCGCUCGCAAGCGGCGCGGGGACCAAAGCCCGGCGACAUCAAGUUCCACUUCGAGUCACGGAAGUAAGAGAAGGCGGCACCAAGGCUACCUAGAGCCCGCGAAGCCAGAAGGCCCGCCCUUUCUUUUCAUGCCAGAGUCGGGGUCGGGGUCCGGCAGUAGUAGUAGCAACAAGCCUUACCUUGCCGGCGUGCUGGCGAUCAAGUGCGGGGCUAGCUUGCUGCGCGAGUUUGGUUUCACGGGCUGGAAGCAGCGGAGCAUCGACAAGUGGAAUGUAGAUCAUGACAUCAACAACGAUCCUAAGGGAACGCUGCGCUCUUUGUUCGGAAUCGAGCUGGAUUGGAGCAAAUGGCCUCGCGUGGCGCUCACCGCCGUGGACAAGGACACGCGAGCGGCCAAGGCCGGCCUCGUGGUGGGGGACAUGGUGGCCACCAUAGCGGACGUGUAUGUCAUCACGGACGUGGUCCGCUUCGUUCCGAAGUCGUCGAGCGACCCGGUUCCCCAGAGCCCUGACGCUGCGCUGCUCGGGAAGUUGCGGCAAAAGGUGAAGGAGAAAAACAAUGACCCGAGUCAGACCUCCUGGGGCUUCGUGUUCCACCGGAAGAAGAAGGCGGAGAACUACCUAAAUGUGGAAAUUCUGGACAAGAACGCGGAUUUCGCAAGCAUGUUUCACAAGGGUCCGGACGGCAAGAAAACGAUGCUGAAGACGUCCGCCUUCCACGGCGUACACCUGCAUCCCUCGGGGCUACAAAUCGAAGACGGUGACGAGCUCUUGGUUGCGGGCGACAAAUUCUGCACCGGACGGGAAGAUUCGCAAAUCGUCGAGCUGCUGAAAACCAGCCGGAAUUUCUUUGUGCAUCGGCCACACGCCGCGUUUUCGGCACACUUGUUGGAAAACCAGCACAGCAACACCACCGACAUUGCGACGCACUGGGCCAAGGUGUACGCGCCUUUGAAUAAAGGCAAAGGAGGCUCCUCGUCACCUCCAAGCGCAACCGCUUCUCGCGCGGUUGGUGCAUCGUCAUCAACUACUCCUGCUGGCGGGGGCGAGAAGGUUUCGGCCGCGGCCAGCGGAGCGGACGCACCAUUUCUCUUGUCCGUUUUUGGAGCCACGCAGUCAGCGGACAGCAUGAGCAGCGCGCUGUUGUACUACGAGCAGAAGAUGCCAGACGCCGAGGAGUUGGUCGGGAAGGUCUCGAAAAUGUCUUCUUCGACGAGCUCGGCGGAGAAAAUUCUGCUCCUGUUUGGCUUUGAGCUGGAUUGGGCGACCUUCCCGAACCUUCGUGUUGUUCGUGUGCAUCCAACCACGCCGCGUGCCCGGGGAGCAAAAAGUGAGGCCGUUACGCGCGGUUUGAAAGUUGGUGACCGGUUGCUGGUUUUGGGGGGCGAGCGAACGACCUCGAUUCCCAAAAUGGAAGGUAGCAGCGUCGAGUCGGCGGUGCUGAAUUUCCUCGCCAGAAAGGUGAAAAAGUACCAGAAGGUCAUGUUCAUGUUUCUCCGGUCGGAAUUCGAAAACGAGUUCAUUCAAGUGCACCUGACCACGAACGACAUCAGCCUCGGACUGAAAAUCAGCGGCAGCACGGGCGAAAUAAAGGAAGAUCCCAAAUCCGGCACGUUUGGAGCGAAGUGCCACUUGAAGGCAAAAGACCAACUGUUGAUCAUCAACGACAAGCCCCCGCGGAAGCACAAACCAGAGGAACUAGCGCCGCUCUUGUCUUCCAAGGGUCAUCGACCGCUCAGUCUGCUGGUACGCCGGCGCGGCGGAGGCGGUUUCGACAGUGCAGCACUGACAUCCCCCGCGGUGCAAAGCGUGCUUCGAAGUUUGCCGUCGAACUGGAAGGCCGCACUGGAAAAGCGGAAAACUGUGCCGCCCAUGGUGGAUAGCCUCGAUGGAGGCCCUGCCCAAGGGCCACACGGAGCAGCGGCGGGCUCUUCAGCUACCGGUGGCGGGCAGACCGCCACGGGGAAGUUUGUGAAUAACCAGUCGCAACAAGAAACAAACUUCGACCUGCCAAACGCCACCGCAGCUGCGUCGAUCGCCGCGGCCAAGUCGUUGGCUCCGCAGCAGCAGGUGGGGGCAGCGGGGGCGCAGCAACCAGGAUUGGCUCCCGCUGCUGGCGCGGCGGGGGGCUUUCAGGUUGGUCAAUACUACGAUGUGAACGCAAUUAUGGCAGGCUACGACAACGUCCGGUCCGUUGACGAUCUGUACACCGCAGACCAGCUGCUACGCAUGCAGAACGUAUCGGACAUGCAGCGCUACGUGGCAGAGGCAGUCGAUCCGUCUCGACGCAUGCAAGGCCAACUCCGCCAAAAUCUGGCCGCAGAACAUCCCUCCUUGGGCAUGCCUGUUCAGCCCUUCACCGGAGCGAGUCAGGACGAAAGUAGUGUGAAGAAAGACACGAAGAUUUCCUCCUCCACUGUUUCCGGGCAGAUGCGCUUGCGGGAGGAGCAAGCGAGCCAGUUGUACGUCACCUCCUAUCUACAGACGCUCGAACAGCGAGGCGGUAUCAUGGCUCGAUCCGCGAGUGCCGCCGACGCCGCACCGGAGCUAGCGACACUGCUGCAGGAACCGAAGUUGUACGACCCUACGAAGGCACAGGAACAGCUCGCACUACUGCAGGAACGGUACAAGACUGUGUGUCAGUCCCGUAACGCUUUGGCGCGGUUCCAGGAGCUGAUGCGGUACACCGUGCCGGCCACGACCAUCAAUGCCCCAAUGUACCAGACGGCUGGUGACCACGGUGGAACAUCAAACGCCGCAUCUGGCGCGGCGAAUUCAAUUGCGAACACCACUCUUCCCCUCUCCGGAGCCGCGGGCGAGGUGCCGGGAAUGCAAUUCGACCAAUUUGGUGGAAAUAACGCAGCGCCAGACGAUCCAGACGGAGAUGAAGCUGCUGCGCGACUCGCAGCAGAGGAGCGGCAUCGCCGGCCGAUUCCUCCCAGCAUCAACUCGCUGACGCAAAAAGACGGACUAGACAUCACCUUCAUGCACCUCCGGUCGCAGGGCGAGCGUCUGCAAUCCGUCACCGGGGAGCUGAGCCGCAAAGUGACCCAAGCGCUGAACGAGAUGACGGCGCAGCAACUGCUGGAUGCCAACUUCAUCACGCAAAAUGAGCGGGACAUGAUCGCCGAUCAGGAGCAGAAGCGCAUGGAGCAAGAGCGCUACAAGGCGGAACUGCAAGAGCAGGUCCGGGACGAACAGCAGGCGCAGUUUUACGCGGAGAGGCACAGCCGAAACCAGUACUACGAAUCCAUGUACGCGAUCCCGGCUGCCGGCGGGGCGGGCGGCGGCGGCGGAGAUGAGGACGAGCCGCAGGACGAAGACGACACUGGGGUAGAAGUAGACCCGGAGGAUGUCGUCGUGGUCCCGGUGGACCCGACCACGGGGGAGCUGCAGAUCCCGAAGCGCGCGGAGAAGGCAGGCUGGCAGGAAAAGCUAGACCAGGACGCGGAUCCGACGCCGAUACUGAUCAACGCGAACGCGAUGAAAGCGGAGCGCCAGGAGAUUCGAAACCAAGCCAUCGCGAUGAAUUCUCCCUUGAGUAGAAGCAGGGAUCAUGAAAGCCGUGGAAACACAGACUUGCAGGCAAAUGCGAUAAGCUUCUUGGGGUCGGCGGCAGGUGCUGCAGUAACUGGUGCUGGCGAACAUUCACGGGGGGAUCUUGGUCCACAGGUUGACGUCGAUGUGCACGCACUGGAGAAGAUUGCGAACCUUUUCAGGCUGAAGCUUACCGACGUUGCGGCGUCACUGCGUGUGUGCACCGAUACGGCCGGAGAUCCGACCGCCUGGCGCCACUACCUGCGUGGGGAGCCCCUUGACGCGGGUCAACGCGAGGCCGUCAUUUCGGAGCGCCGGUUUGCGACUAUCAGUUCCAGCUUCGAUCCCUCGCUGGUGCCGUUCUACCGCCGGUUGUUCUUUCCACUAGACAAGAAGAAGUGUGCGGACCCGAACGACGUACUGUGGUUCCACAUCGUUUUCUACGAAAAAGCGGCGGAUGGGUCCUCUGUUUCCCCGGACGAGCAGCGGCCAACCGGCAGCCGAGGGAAAACGCUGCACAGCCGACGUACGACCUUCGACGAAACCGACCCGCUGGCACAGGUGAGUAUCCGGGUGCGAAAUGGGGAGUUGUCGGGCAAGGUUCAUGCCGUUCAGCCCAUCUGGUCGCGUAAGUCAAAACGGCUGGUGCAGGCCUUUGGAUCCGACGCGGUUCUGCGAGCAAGAUGCGUCGUCCGCGAUUCCCGCUCCUCCGCUGCCGGCGCGCGAGAUGGAGGCAUGUCGCCCAUGACGCCCGGAGCGGGUCGUGGACGAAGCCCGCAGGGAAAGAGUUAUCUUCCCCAGUCUUGGAACGAUAGCGCGGCCCAAAGCGGGGAAGCCGUCGCCUCGCAGUACGGUAUUGUGGAGCGGGUGAAAGCCUGGGACGCCAGUGGAAAGGAGGAGAUCGUGGUCGAGGGUGGCGGCGGCAUGGUGGACAGCAUUCGCGAAAACCACUUUGCACGCGACGCGGAGCCUCUGUAUGACGAAUACCUGCUGGACCAACGAGAACACGAGGCAGUGGCGGACCAGCAGCGGUUGCAGGAGUACCGCGGCAUCACCGCCGCUGCGGAGGCAAGACGAAGGCAAAAGCAAAAGAAGCAGAAGCAGAAGUCCGCCGCUGCAGCAGGAGCAGGGGGACGACGAGGGUCCGUCUCCGGGGCAAUGUUUGACGCAGGAGGAAGCGGCAAGAUUGUCCGUUCCAAGAGCGAGGCUUUGCUGGAGGGGGAGGAUGCGAGCGAUAUUUCCAGCGAAGGGGCGGAGGAUGCAGACGCGCUGGAGACGAAAAAGCGCAAAGACUUGGAAGACGAGGAAAAGGAAAAGAAGAAAAAAAAGGGCCCGACACUCGAGGAGUUAGCGAAAAGAAAGUUGGAGGAUCCUGCGGAGCGAGUCCGGCUGGAGGACAUCGUUCACGAUCGGAAGGACGAGGAGCGGGUGCGCCAAUUCAUGAAAAAGGAGGCGGCCGAGGAACUGAUGAAGCUUCGCAGCAAACGCGACCUGGGCGCUGAUGGUACCAAGCACGCAGGGGAAGCGAUUCAGCUGACGCCAGAGGACAAAUUGCAGCUGCGACAAACCGUGAAGGCCGCGGGGCAGGCGGAGAUGCGGCGUUUGAAGGCAGAGCGUGCGCAGCACGGUCGCGUCCCGUUGCGAGACACAGAAGUGCUGGAGGUUGCUAUCGAGGACGUGAAAAAUUCGAGGAAGGAUGGGCGGGCGGAAUUUCUGUUCUACCCCGAGGAUGAUGUUCUUGCACAGGAACGUCAUGGAACAGUAGAACAUUACAGCGGUGCCGGGCAGGCCGGUCAGGCAACUUCUACAGGUGUUGCGCACAAACACCAGCCCCACCAGGCUGAUUUACCCCCGCCGCCAAAGCCAAAGAAGACGAAGCCGAAAGGAGUUUUCUCCUGCUUUGACUCUUCGACCGACGACGAGGCAGAGGCGGAGGUGGCGCGACAAACCGCGGCUAUGCAGCGAUUGGUCGGCGAUCAACACAAGCUAGCCCACAAGGAGGAUUUUCAUCCGGACAACCUGACCUCCGAGCAGAAUGCGGUGCGCGAUCAGCUUCUGGAGAACCAAACCGCGCGGCCCCGGGUCCCGCCGCCCGAAAUCGACAUUUUGGAGACGAUUGAAGCGGGCGAAAUCCCUCCUGUCAACCUGUUGCAGCAGUGUGCGCAGCACGCCCACAACCAGCACAUGGAGGAGCUGGAGGAGCGACAGGUCCUGCUAGGUACGACCUUCGAGCACUAUGACCAGCACCUGAAGGACGCAGCAACUUCGCCGCUGCUUGCGAGCGCGGGCAUGAUGGAGUUCGACCAUGAGCAGGGCAUGGUCGUUGCCGCUGUCAACAACCAAGGUGCAGGAGGGUCACGGCCCGGGAGCGCGAUCCAAGCUGCGGUUGCGGGGCUUCCGGGAACCGCUUCGAAAAUGAGCGUUGCAGGUAGUCCGGGACUACAUCAAGCAAGUGGUAGUCCAGGAGCCGGCCGAGUCCGCAUUGACGAUCAGGGUGCACCAGGCGUUGUGAAACCGCCUGCAAUCUUUCUCGGCGGCUCCACGAAAGCGGACCAGGAACGAGCCCAGCGCUUGCAGAGGAUACAGAUGGAGCUGCGUGAGCGGGAUUUGGGUGCGCAGCGCAACGAAGAGUCGGCCUUCCAAAUUCAGCACCCGAAAGAACUGAAGCUUCCGCCGAAAAUUCAGUGGGUCGGAAUUCCGCUCCCGCACUUGCGCCCCCUGGAGCCCGACCUCGGUGCCUGUUUGAUCGAGGACUUUGAUUUGGAGCUACUGCCAGACAAGGAGGACGCCCUGGACUUCCACCAGGUCCUGGAAAAGUUGCGCAGCCUCGACACGGUGUACGAAACACUGGAAUUCCAGUCGUUCAAACGAUUCCGCUACACCAUCGGGGAGCUGUACUCCACCUUGUUCCAGCUCCAGCACGACGGCAGACUCGGGACCGCCUCCGCCGCGGCGAUAAAACCUGGAUCGUCGCCGUCGCAGGCGGCACUGCAAAAGCGACGAGACAUGCAGAGCCAGGCACAGUUGGUCCUCGAGUACGCGAUCGCCCUGGCACGGGAACCGCGGCUUCCCUACGGCUCCCUAGCGAGUCAGCUGAUCACGUUAUUGUUGGACUGCCUGCGCCGCUUCCCGCGGAACCCCUGGCUGCACUACUGGGGAAUCGAUGCGCUUCUGAACCUGAUGCGGCAGCAGAAGCACAUGGACAUAGCGGUGAAAGCGGAACGGGAAAAGGUGUUCACAAAACAGGAUCUCCGCAUGGUCAAAAACGCACUGCUGAACCCAAAGGGCGCACCCUACAUGCAGAUACUGCUGUUGGCCGACAGCUUGAAAGGACCAAAGCUCGGCCUGGCGAUGUGGGCGCAGAGUAGUUUGAACGCAAAGGUGAUCAAGGACAAAAAGGUCACGUGGCGGCAGAAGUUGGCGAGUCUGUUCGGAAUGGCCUUGGAUUUCACCAAGUUCCCGCAGAUUCGCGUCACGAAAGUGGUGGAGCAGGACGUGAUGGACCCGACCAAGCCGUCGCGCGCUUUCAAGGCAAAGGUCGGCAAGGGGGACCUGUUGCUGAAAAUCAACGACCGCCCUGUGACGGAGCUGGUUAGUUGGCCGGGGCAGGACCCGCACGAGGCCAUUGUGAAUCACUGCGUGAAGCAGGUCACAGCGAAGAAGAAAAUCAACUUCUGGUUUCUGCGGUUGAAGUUCGAGAGCCAGUACUUGCAACUCGAAAUCGACCGCCCUGACCAUGGCCUCGAGAUGGACUUCCAGAAGUAUUUCGUUCGAAGAAUGGCCAAGAAGGGUUGGGCCGAAUCACGCGGACUGAAAAAGGGUGAUCGCGUGAUCGCCAUCGGCCGCACGCUGUGCGAAUUCAUCCCCCCGGACAAGGGCGGUCUUUACCAGACCGAAGAAGCCUUGGAAGCGUCCCUCCAGCACCAAAUGGACAUCACUGGCCCUCGGCCGUUAUCGGUGCUGUUUCGCCGUGGAGAGCCAUACACACGGGAGCACUACAAGAACCAGGAGGAUUUUACGCUGCAACUGCCCCAGGCCUGGCGGGAGCACCCGGACGUCGGGAAGAAGGUCCCCGGUCACAAGGACCCUGCGGUGGUGGAUCUGUUUCAUCGCCACGAGUUGCGCGAUAGUUACGACCCCGAGCGCAUCCCCUGGAACCGGAUGCUGUUUUUCCCCGAACCGGCGAAGCCGCCGCCCAAAGGCCAGGGGAAGGGGAAGGAGGGCAAGAAAGGACCGCCACCGCGAAUGAAGCCCUACCUGCUGUCGCAGCUCGCCCGCGGCCUCAGUCCGAAGGAAGCCGGGGUGGUGGGCUGGCAGGUCGAAGCCAAGGAUCUCGACGUGGACGCGCUCCACGACCCACACCUCAGCAGCCGAGAUAAAUUUCUGCACCUCUUUGGCUUUCAGUUGUACUGGAAGGAGUACCCGCUCGUGCGGUUGUUGCGCGCCGAGAAGUUGACGCCCCGAGGGGUCGGGAAGACGCAAGCGUACAAAUUCAAACUGGUCCCGGGCGACGUCCUGCUUUUGUUCGCCGGACACCCCAUCUCGGAGAUCCACGAGUGGCCCGGGCGCGACCCCGACGAUGCGCUGAUUGAGCGCGUCAUUCACGAGCAGAAGGAGCACCACGAACGACAAAAAAAAGAUCCCAAGGCCGCGCAGGAGCACCCGCAGCCACCGGCCUGCAACUUUAUGUUUUUGCGCAAGGAGAAUUUUUCCGAAUACGUUCAAGUUGAGGUCACCGAGCCCGGCCACCUGGGCUUCGAGAUCGCGAACGGGCACGAGCUGACAAAAGAGGACCAAGAGAAAGAAAGAGACCUCCACCUACGCGGGGGUCCCGCGUCUCUACCGAACCCGGAAGACUACAAGCCGCCCGUGCCGCCGGCCGCAGGUAGCAUCACACAAAUAGAAGGAGCCGACUGUUGGGCCGCGAAGAACGCACUGCAGGUCGGUGAUCGACUCGUCGUGAGCCACUGCGUUACGUCCAACAAGGCCGCGCACGUGGAAAAGGAUUUCUCUUUCAUGGCCCAGAAGCUGGAUAAGUUUUACAGUGCGCGUCCACUGCACUUCCUGUUUCGCCGUACUGCGUCGGGGGGGUUUUCGGAGUCCAUGCGGAAGGCAUUGCAGGUGAAGUGGAGCCCCUCUCCCCUGGCGGCCGCGUGGAUGUCCCGCAUUCGGGAAACGGAUAAGUUAGACAAGGACCUGAAGAAGGAAACGCAUCUCGCGACUGCGGAUUUCGGCUUCGCCGCCGCGGUCGGACAAAAACCGAUCAUAAACCUGAACCAGAACCUGGCCGGGCGCGGGAGCCCCUUCCAGGGAGUAGACGGGAGACACGUCGUCGCCGGGUACACGUUGCACGACGAGGACGUCGAGGAAAAAGACGCGAAGAAGGCCGCCAAGGACCUCGACCAGGAAGUCGAUCAGCUUCUGCAACAGGCCAACCGCGUCCACGUGGACUCGUCGGUUCCCGUCCCCGAGCACCGACACCAGUUUCAAAUGGCGGUUUUCCACUCUCUGCACGUGCCCAUGAGGAUCGAGGAGGAAAUGUUGCAAUGGAAAGUGUUGGACGCACUCGCCGAGUGCAUCCACCCGGAGUGUUUGAUUGUACAAGACCACCUCGACUUUGCGCUGGACCUCGUCGAGGGAAAAGAACGCAUCGCACGGCGGCUGGAGGCGGAAGACCGCACGAAGCGGAAAAAAACACAACAAUACCGAAACUUGCUCGACGAGGUUGUGGCGAUAGACAGCGGAGCGGGCGCGGCGAACAACAGCCCAGGUGGCCGCGGUCAGGAGGAGUUUUGGACCCGCUACAAGUCCGUCGCCGCCAACCACCGCGAACUGAAUCUGGUUUCGUCGACCCUCGCGGAAGCAACCGGUGCUGCCGACGACGACGGGGCAAACCAGGUAAACGCGCGUCAAGAGCGCCAGCGAUUCCUCACGCUUUCGUCCUACGAAUCGCUCUUCGAGGUUCUCCUGGUGUGUCGCUCGGCGCACCGCGUCCUCGAACAGCACGCGUACUGCCUCCGGGCGCUGCUGCGCUUCAAAGCGAGCCCGCGCCUGCUCGUGCGCGCUCUGCUGGUUUUGGGGAACAUCUACGAGCUGACGAUCAAUCAUCUCGGGAACGACCGGCUCCUGCUGCGGCCGACGAUGGCGGCCCGGGCGGAGACCGAGGAAAAUGGCGGGCCGCACUCGACGGCCGCGCGCCCCAGUGUGCGACCGCCGAUCCAUAUGUAAAGAGAAAGUGCUCCAGGUACCACGCAUUUGUUGUAAGUUCAGAAAACACAAACAAGCUUUCGCUCCAUGACAAAAAAAAACGUGCAUUGCAGACAUUUUUCGUAUGGAAUGAGCAGACACGUAAUAUGAAACGGACAAGGCCCGCAAGCAUUUCUUGCAUGACAAAGGUUGUAGUCACUGAAGUCUUGCCGGCCUUGCAACACAAUGCGUGACUGUAGCACUUUUGUCUUGCGAUAACCCAGAAGAAGCAGUUGGAUCGGCUGCACUACGCGAUCGACGGGAACCUCUUGCUGGUGGACGAGGGCCAGCUAGACGCCGAUCUAUUGCUCGACGAUCCCUCCGCGCUCUUCAGCUCGGCAUCGGUGCCUGGCGGGCGGCUGUUUGAUUUCGCCGCGGCGUCGGGGGGAUUUCGGAAUGAGGACGAAGACGAAGAUGCCGGGGGAGACAGUGACCAUGGCGGUGGUCGUUCUUCCGCCGAUGGGGCCGCAGGAGCUGCCUUAAACAGUAAGCACUUGCGAAAAAUCGCCCGCGACGGUGCGGACAUUCGCAUGACGCGAAACAAAGGCAAUGCCGUGCUGCACGGACGGUCUUCCUCCUUACUGGAGCUGCUCUGCCAGGUGCUGGACCUGUCCCCCGAAAACCGGAAGGUGUGUGGGUCGACUCUGCGCGUGAUCGCGCUGCUGUGCGUCGUCUCCAAGGCCCAGAUAUCAAAUGUAAAAAUGUCUGGGUCUGGAAGAAUGCACGUUUGUCAUGCUUGUCUGGCAUGACUCUUAAAUCUGUCAUGCACGUUGCCCAAGAGCGCCACUUUUCUGUCAUGUAGAAACGCAGUUUGGCAUGCAGAAUAGGCAACACCUAGAAGCUCAGAAACUUGUCAUGCUGAGCGAGCACUUGUGGCCUCCUCAUGAUACGCCACCCAGCAUCACAAGUUUCCAGACUCAGACAUUUUUACAUUUGAUACCAGAUCGUGCACACCGCACACUACGCGCUGCGGUCGGUGAUUUUGACCGUGAAACGGCACCCCGACUCCCAGUCGGUGCUGAAGCACGCACUGCAAAUUUUCCACGCCUGCGCGUUGCACGACCAGCGACUGGGCUCGAGCCUCUCCGACGUGUUCCGUACGCUCCUGACCAUGGGUGGACUGCUGAAGAACGACCUGGAGAGCCGGGAGUAUCUGGUGAACACCCUCCGCGUGCUCGCCGAGGGCAGCGAGAAUAUCGACGAGUACGAGAAACCCAUUGCGCAGUCGUUCCUAAACAUGUUGGACCACUUCCUCGUGGACGAGGACACGAUGCAGAGCCCGAGCGUCGUCGUUCCCUGUCUCGAGACACUGGCUUUAUUGAGCCACGAGAACGCGGUGCUGCGACAGUACUUGCUACCCGGGAUGAAACACCCCCUGCGCAUUCUAAACGAAGACCGGAUCAGCGUCUCCGUGCAGGCCAAAGCGGCCAACUGCGUCAAGGUAGAUUUGAUUUGCUUUUAUGUGAUUUUUUUGCAAUCUGAUCUUGAUGAAAUUUACAUUUAGCUUUUACAAUCCACUUUUCACCGAUCAUCAUUGAUUUGCGGUGGAUGGAGAUCAUGCGGAUGAGUCGACGAUAUUACUCGGGCUUGCGCAAUUUGAUGUAUUGUCAUUGUGGCUGUUGUUGGGUGCUGCUCUUUUUGUAUUUGUGGUAUACCGUCAGUACCACUACCAGUAGCGCAUUUCUACUCCAAUUAGAACUGGGACUGGCGGAGAUUAUCGUAGUCCUAGUCACUCUAAAAAAAAUAAAAACACGAAGGUAAUGGCCAUGGCCGGUGGGUUGCCUGUGUUAGAAGUCAGCUUGUUGACGGUUCUCCAAGAGAACAAUGGUAUCGCGACGUUGCUGAAGGCCGGGAAGAAGUACUGCUCCACGAGCUCCAACUUGUGCCUGGAGCUGCUGUCGACGUUCGCCAACCUGCUGUUCUGCACCAGCGUCCGCGACCUGCUUUUUGGCAAGGCAAAGCGCGAGCAGAGCAUCAACUUCGUGGAAUGGGUGUUGGUUCUCCUCGAGGAGAUAUGGAAAGAAAAAAGUUCGUCGCACUCGCAGUCACUAACUUGCAGGCUUUGCAUUACAAACUUUUUUGCAUCACAGCUUUUCCUUGUAUUGCAGAACCACUACUAGGGAGAUCCCUUAUGAAGUUUGGCGGUGGUGCGUUUCUACGCAUGACAAAAAAUUUUGUAUUGCAAAAAUACGCAUGAGUGAUCGUGACGAAAUUUUUUUGGUUGAUAGAAGAACGGCGUCAAGGAUGUGGACUGCGUCGCACAGGGGUUCCGUUUGUUCGGUUCCUUAACUCGGUACGAAGAGGACGAGGCGACGGAGAACGAGAUGGUCGAAAGUUUCGUUCUCACCGAGCAAAACAUCAAGCGGCUCCGGUUGCUGGUGAUGAACUGCCUGCCGCUGCAGGACGUGGGGUUCGACUUUCUCGAGAAACUCGCCAGGCAGCAGCUCGCGGGGCGCCCUAUGGCGGGUCGCAUCCUCACGCUCGACGGGGAAGUGUUGCUAGAAGAAGGGCCGAAAGACCGCGAAAACUUCUGGCUUGCACUCUAGUUUUUGUUCGUUAUUAUCUGUAAAUCUAAAUUAGGACUAGCUGCGUCCCAUAUAAAGUAAAAAAAUGAACAUAAAGUUCCUAUGUUCUUUAACCCCCUAUGCUUCCCUCUUCCUCCCGAAAAUGUUGUCGAGAACGAGAUCUCACUUAGUUUAGUAAACAAAAAUUAGUAUAGUCGUGAACGCAAGAAGUAAGCUCCCGCGCUUCAGCUUCUACUUCUCUAUCUUUUCUUUUCCGAUCUUUGCAGGCAAGGCAAGGAUCCAAGAUCAAAAACUAAGACAAAAAAUAGCGGAACUGAAUAAAAUUUGGUGACCCGUGUCCAUGAUCAUCGAGAGUAUCUAUGGAUGUGAUUGGUCAACAUCGUCAUCAACAAAACGCAGGCGAUUUUGAUCACAUCAAGUGACAUGGAUAAAUCUUGAUAAACUGGCAGCCGCGCACGAAGUUACAGGGUCAGAAAGCAGGAUAAAAAUCACCCGUGAUACACUCCUUUCAACAAAUGAAAAUGCAG